AUGAGAGAAAUCGUUCACGUGCAAGGAGGUCAAUGCGGCAACCAAAUUGGAGCCAAAUUCUGGGAAAGUCUUAUUAUCUUAUUAGAUAGACGGGCUCAUGCCCUUAAUUUUAACGCAAUCACCGAGGAUCCCCUGGGGGAUUCACCCGCUUUGAGACCUUUCUUCCGUCCGGUCUCCUCCUUGCUUCCAGUGUUGAGUGGGCAAGCUACGGGUUUGUGCGGCCUCCUGAGGCUGAGGGAAUACGAAGUUGGCAUUCCGAAAUUCCAGAAAAUGGAAUUUCUGGUAGCCUAUCGGCAAAAGGAGAAAGUCAAGAUUCUGGGACGUAACGCCAGUUUCACGCUAGGCAGUUUGCCCGAUUGGUCUAGGUAUUACCUGUAGACCUUGCUGGGCUUGCCCUUUCCAAAAUCUGAACCCUCCUUUCCUUCGGGGUAAAAACCAGUCUCGAAGUUGGACGAAGACGCCCAUAUUUUAAUUAUCAAAUUCUGGGAAGUCAUUUCAGACGAGCAUGGAAUUGACCCAACUGGAACUUAUCAUGGAGACUCAGACCUACAACUCGAAAGAAUCAAUGUCUACUACAAUGAAGCCACUGGAGGACGUUAUGUCCCAAGAGCUAUUCUUAUGGACUUAGAACCAGGCACCAUGGAUUCUGUAAGAGCUGGCCCAUUUGGCCAACUUUUCAGACCUGACAACUUUGUGUUCGGUCAGUCAGGAGCUGGUAACAACUGGGCUAAAGGACAUUACACUGAAGGAGCUGAGCUGAUUGACACAGUUCUCGAUGUCGUCAGAAAGGAAGCUGAAGGCUGCGAUUGUUUACAAGGUUUCCAAAUCACCCACUCCUUAGGAGGUGGCACUGGCUCAGGUAUGGGAACUUUACUGAUUUCCAAGGUAAGAGAAGAAUACCCAGACAGAAUUAUGGAAACUUUCUCAGUCUUCCCAAGCCCUAAAGUCUCAGACACUGUCGUAGAACCAUAUAACGCUACCCUCUCAGUCCAUCAAUUGGUCGAAAACUCUGAUGAAGUCAUGGUAAUUGACAACGAAGCCUUAUACGACAUUUGCUUCAGAACCCUCAAACUGACUACCCCAACCUACGGCGAUCUUAACCACCUUGUCAGCGCUUCAAUGUCUGGAGUUACCUGCUCAAUCAGGUUCCCUGGCCAAUUAAACGCUGAUUUAAGAAAACUUGCAGUCAACUUGAUUCCAUUCCCAAGACUUCACUUCUUUAUGAUUGGGUUCGCACCUUUGACUUCAAGAGGCUCACAACAAUAUAGAGCUUUGACAGUCCCAGAACUGACCCAACAAAUGUUUGAUGCCAAGAACAUGAUGUGCGCCAGCGACCCAAGACAUGGAAGAUACCUCACUGCAGCUGCAAUUUUCAGAGGAAGAAUGUCAACCAAAGAAGUCGACGAACAGAUGCUGAACGUUCAAAAUAAGAACUCUAGCUACUUCGUUGAAUGGAUCCCUAACAACAUGAAGUCUUCAGUCUGCGAUAUUCCACCUAAAGGACUUAAGAUGGCUGUAACAUUCAUUGGAAACUCAACUGCAAUCCAAGAAAUGUUCAAGAGAGUCGCUGAACAAUUCACUGCUAUGUUCAGAAGAAAAGCUUUCUUGCAUUGGUACACUGGAGAAGGUAUGGACGAGAUGGAAUUCACUGAAGCUGAAAGCAACAUGAAUGAUUUGGUUAGUGAAUACCAACAAUACCAAGAUGCAACUGCUGAAGAAGAAGGAGAAUUCGAUGAAGAAGAAGAAGCUGCAGCAUAA